GGUCAGCCGCUUUGCUAUUUGGCCAAGCUUUGAGAUUGGGGUAAAACUGGGACCCAUUGAAUACGCGGCGAGAGGCAAUCAGGGGUGGGAAUACUGGGCGAGUGCCGCUUGAUUAUUGACGAUGACGAUUCUGGCACAAUUAUGGCUUGCUACGGGAAGCUCUGGCUCCAUGCCGGGGAAGCUACGAUCGGUGCAGGCGCCACAGAACAGCUUGCUCGCUUGCUCACCUGCCAGCUGGCUGGUCCUUCCUGCCCUGCUGCUGUACCUACCUCGGCGGGAAGAACAAGGUCCGUCCUUGCCGCUUGACGCUGCUUUGGAUCGUGAUGAUGUAAAUGUUGCUGCUUUGGGUUGUGUCCCGUGAACUGGAUCUGCCGGCAAUCUGGCUUUGCUCUUGGGAGUUGGGUCAGGCUCGCCAGAUCCAUCUACUAUAUAAUCCCAUCUCCCCCUCAGCUUCUUCAGCCUCUCUUCUCGC